GGCUGAGUGGGGACGGGGUCGGAGGGGAACUGGCCGGGCGGAAGAAGUCGAGCCCGAAGUAUUUCCGGUUCCGGUGUCAGUUAGAGGCGCCGCCGCUGCAGCCGCCGGAGCCGCGAUGCCUAAAGGAGGGAGAAAGGGAGGCCACAAAGGCCGGGCAAGGCAGUACACGAGCCCCGAGGAGAUCGACGCACAGCUCCAGGCUGAAAAGCAGAAGGCCAGGGAAGAAGAGGAACAAGGAGAAGAAGGUGGAGAUGGGGCUGCAGGUGACCCCAAAAAGGAGAAAAAAUCCCUAGACUCAGAUGAGAGCGAGGAUGAAGAAGAUGAUUACCAGCAAAAGCGCAAAGGUGUAGAAGGGCUCAUUGACAUUGAGAACCCCAACCGGGUGGCACAGACAACCAAAAAGGUCACACAGCUGGACCUGGAUGGGCCCAAGGAACUUUCAAGGAGAGAAAGAGAAGAAAUCGAGAAGCAGAAGGCAAAAGAGCGUUACAUGAAAAUGCAUUUAGCGGGGAAGACGGAGCAAGCCAAGGCUGACCUUGCCCGGCUGGCGAUCAUCCGGAAACAGCGGGAGGAGGCUGCCAGGAAGAAAGAAGAAGAGAGGAAAGCAAAAGAUGAUGCAGCUUUGUCAGGAAAACGAAUGCAGUCGCUCUCCCUGAAUAAGUAGCACGGCCUGUGGGAGGAGAUAGCAGGGAACUGGGCCGUGCUGCCAGGACCUCUGCCGUGUCUCACCCACCCUGUGCCCCGGCGCCACUGCAGCAGCCCCUCGCGGCGAGGAGCCCCCCACGGCUCCUCUUCAUCUUGGCACAGAAAUCGUUUGGGGGGGAUGGUGGGUGGGGGGAGGGGCAGCUGCUAUCUUUGAGACAGAAAGAUGCAGGACAGCAUUUCAUAUGUAACCAUUUGAAUGUUUUGGCUGUUUUUAGAAUUCAGAACCCUUGUGGGGGGGGUGCCUGGGAGGUGGGGUAAGAAGAGCUUCCGUUUGUCUGGUCGAUUGCGGGGCAGGGGGCGGUUGAGCCGCAGUAGCUGCUGACAAGUUUGUGAUGGACGGCCCCCUGUCUGUGUUGCCCCGGCGCCCAACUGGGGGGCUGUCGCCUGGGAGCCAGGGCCCUGGGUCUCUGAGGGUCAUGGCUCAUCCCCAGCCAGUCCCCUCUGACUGAGGCUUCACUCCUGACCUUCCCACCCUACUCCCUACCCCCGACUGACUCUGGCCAGGGCCCGGGCCCAUUCUUAACCCUGCCCAUGGAUCAUUUCAAGAAACCUGUUUACUGUGUAGCCCCCAGGCAAAACAUGCUCCACAAGUCCAACUUGUAUAUUUGGCAAAUUAAACUUGACAUUAUCAUAA